AUGUCGACGCCCUCAAGUACCACGCCGGAUUCUGGUGCGAUGCAGCACGCGCCCACACCGUCCGCUGCCGAGGAGAGCACAAUGGACGAAAUACCGCGCAGGCAAAUGCGAGUCAAAGUACUCUACACAUUCGAUGACCAGAACAAGUCAAACUGCCUGGCCCGUCUGCCAAGCGUGCUGAACGUGCCUGUCGUGUCGCUGGACGAGACCACCGAAGUGGGAGUCAUCGAACUCAAGACCUGCAUUCAGGCUAUUGUGACUGCAAGCCCCGAGCUCGUAGCCAAACUAGGCCACGACUACACCGUAUACGCUUACGACUUCUCCGAGUACGAAACGCCGCUGGUUGGUCAGGGCAUGCUAUCAUGGAUCCUCGCUUCAGCAUCGCCGACUCCCAAUGCCCCCGCCAAAGAUUCCCAAACCAUGGUCACUGGUCGCGUGUGCAAGAACAUUCUUGGCAUCUUUUCGAACGGAAUCAAGGAAACCCUGGAGGUCAAACUGAAGCUGGUGCCUGUUCCGACAUGCAUGCAAAAGGAAUAUGUCGAGAACAUGGAGCGGUACCACAGCCUCAGUCAGCUGAUGCCUGAAGGGUUCGAUUACAACGCCUGGUCCGACUUUCUCAAGGAGAACCCUGCACUGGGUCACCUGGCCCAACCCAGCCCAUACCCCGCACAGCCUUCGCCGCGUCCUUCCAUUGGUGGUGUUGAGCCCUUCCACCAGAUGCUUACCCGCCAAAGCCCGUCACAAGAGCCACCCCGGAACGACUCCUUUUACGAUCAGUCAAACAUGUCGUUCAUGUCUCAGCCGACUAGGGCUUCCAGUCCUGCUAUGAGCACGCUCUCAUUCCACCACUAUCAGUACAACCCACCCUCCCGGCCAGCGUCACGGACCUCUGUCAGAAGUGAAGGUGCCCAGCCGACCCAGCAGUUCCAGUUUAGCGAUCCUUAUGUCAUCGAGCCACAGGAAGACGGACCUCCGAAGAAGAGGGCACGGAUCACGCAGACCACGAGACCGAGGAAUACACCGCUCAACGCCCACAAUGAUUCGCUGCGCGUUACAGCGAGCACAGCGGCAUCUGUACGCCUACUCAAGCCUUCUCUCAGCAAUUCAGGCGCCGCUUCAGAUAUGGUGCCCCGCGCGCCAACGCCUCGCCCCGGUGAAAAGUUCAGUCAACGAGGAUCACGCCGCCCACCCGCCCCUAGUGCUUUAAGACAUGGAUCCAUGGAUGGAGGACGGCCAUACGUGUCUCCGUAUGAGAGUAGCGUCUUCUCAGACAAUGCGAUGGAGUCUGCAGAUGAGAGAGAUGGAAGCCCAGGAGAUACUCCGAUGCCGUCAUCCCCGCCAAUCGCACCAGCCCGAACCACAUCGCCCGAUGCCUCAAGCCCCGACCUCCCAACACAACCUCCCAACGAUUCCGGUUUCGUUAGCGACAUGCCGGCUAGUCGAGACGGUGAUGGUAUGGAUUUUGAAAAACUUUGGAAUGGACAAUACCAGGAUCAUCGUCGCGAAUCUGUCACACAGCCAGUCACUCAGAGCAUUGAGAUGGACAUGACUGCUCAUACUUUUGACUUCGACACCAUGGACCAGGAUAUCUUCAACUCGGUUUAUUUCCAAGGCAACGACGCGAAUGAUGACAGCGAUUUGAUCGCGAGGCUGUCCAUGGUACAGCAGGAUGACAACCUCGGGGACAAGAACGCUUUACAGAAGUCACGAGCUACGGUAUCGACUGCCGGCUCGCCUGAUGGCAUCAUGUCACACAUUUCUCCGACUGCCGAGAGCGAAGCGCAAGUCUACAGUCGCUCUGCAACCCCAAACCUACCGCCGAAGCAAAGUAAGCCGUCUAAGCCGAGAGGACUACCAAGGUCACACACAUGGUCUGGAGCAGAGCCCAUGUCUGAUGCGCCCACGCCUUCCGAGUGUGGCUACCCACGAAGUGGAUCCGGCGCGAAGAGGAAGCGGGUUAUCAAAGACAGACUGGACGCGGCUAUUCGGAAAGGUGAAAUGCCACCACACUGUGUAAACUGCGGAGAAAUCGACACAGUCACAUGGCGAAAGGCUUACACACGCGUGGAGAACGGUACACCCAAGGACAUUGAGCUGUCUACCGAUACUGCUAGCACCGACAUCAUCGCAUACGAAGUGAUUGAAUCAUCCUCUGAGGACGCUGAGCCGAAGUACCGUAUCUUCAAGAACAACUUGACACGCGAAGACAAGGACAUCAUGGCUGCGAAGUCUUCUGAGGCAUUUGAAGAACUCAACCUCUGUAACCCGUGUGGACUCUGGCUUAUCAAGAAGUUUUCGAUGAGGCCGCAGAAGGUAUGGGAUCGCGCUGCGCGUCUCGCCAACCGCAAAAGGCAGCAGAAGGCGGGGUCACGCUCCAAGUCUAUGACUGGUGGUGAUGAUCUCAUGUCCGACGCCAUGAUGCCAGAGUCUGACGCUGCUAUGCCAGCUGAGCAAGAUCAAGCUGCUUCAUCCAUUGACAGGCCCGUUGAUGGAACAAUGGCACCGCCAGCUGUCGCACCCAGCAGGGGUGAGCUCGACCCUGAAGAAGCUAAAGCUGCCUUCGAGCGAGCCAUUGAGUCAAGCCCCGCAGGCGUUAGAGGGAGCAAAACUUCUCCUAUUGACAUUGACCAAGACCUUACACCAAAGCCUACAAGGCGGCUACUUUUCCCAUCACCUAGGAAACAAGGUCGGCGUAAGACGCUAGCCGACCCACCUCCAGCCCCCGUCGCUGCGGCUCCAAUUGCCACCCCAAUGUAUGUCCCUGACGAUGACGCACCCAAGAAGCCCCGUUGCCAGCGAUGCAAGGAGCUCAAGAGAGGCUGUGACCGCGAACGACCGUGUGGACGUUGCGCGAACGCUGGUAUAGGACACGAUGGCUGCAUUCCGUGCGAGUCAAAGACUAUGUGGUACUUCAAGCAGCCAGUGGCGCAAGUGGCCAUCGUCGACCAAGAAAAUCCGGAUAAGGAGAACUGCCCACCACCCCCUGCCGCAGAGACAGACGAUCUUGCCCACCUUUUCGAAGACCCUGCUUCUCGGAAACCUACGCCGAAGAGCACGCCUAAGAGGGACCAGAUCGCCCAAGAUCCUCUAAAGACCCCUACUCCAAGCACGCGCAAACGUAUUGCUCUGACGCCGAGACGAGGUGCAGGGAACGGAGAUGCGCCUUCAACGCCGUCCCGCAAUAUCCUGAGUCCUCGUGUCACCCGUUCGACAACAGCUGCACCUGACACACCGUUCACCCGUCAGCUCAAUGCACUUCUAUCCGACCACCCGAUCUCGUCGCCUUCCCAGACUAUCGACUUUUCGGCUUUUCCCACAUUUACAACACCCGGUCGCAGUGAUGCUCAGUUUAGCGAGUUCCUGGCCGAUGACUUUCUGUCCAGUGACAUGCCUGUGAGCAGCUCGCCGUCGAAGAACGGCUCACUGGGACUGGGCUUUGACCUCUACGAAGACCCCAACACUUCUACUGUGGGCCUGUGGAGUGGCGAUAACAUAUUUGACAAUGAGACCAUGAUGUUGGACAUGGAAAACGGCUCUAAGCGCGGAAGUGUUGACGGAAGUACCGGUCCGGAUGCCUCUGCAUUACUCAAGAUGAACGUCGGUGGCAUGACUGUCGACUUCGCCGCCAUGAUCGAGGAAGUCGUCGGCGCUGCCAACAAGGAGGCAGAUAUCAACGAAGUCACGACCAAAAUCCUAGACGCUAGUAUCAAGCUUGAGCCCAAGAGCCCCGAGGACGAGAGGGAGGAUAUGGGGAAAACACCCGAAGAGCCCACGGUUUGA